AUGUUCUGGCUCUUUGUUAUUGCCCGCGGAGUGAUAGGUUUAGGACAAGCAGCUUUCACUACAGUGGCACCAGCUGUAAUUGGUGACAUGUUUGCUGGUGGUAGCAGAAGUCGCAUGCUCAUGAUAUUUUACUUUGCGAUACCUGGUCUCGGUUUCAUGUUUGGUGGUAAGGUAGCAGCUCUUGCCGGGCAUUGGACCUGGGGUGUAGGAAGCACCUUCAUAGUUGCAAAGACUCUAUACUCAGGUGUUCUUUGUGUCGCGGUCAUGGCCUUCUUUUUGGAUGAACCCGAACGAGGCGCUGCAGAAAAAGAACAAGGCCAAAUUUUAAAAACAUUUGCAGCUACCAGUUAUUAUGAAGAUCUCAAGUCUCUCGCUUCAAACUUGACCUACAUUUUCGGAACCGCAGGAUACACUGCCAUAGUAUUUAUGGUUGGUACCUUAUCUUGGUGGGUUGUUUCAACCAUACAACACAAUGAAGCCCAUCAAAUGGGUUUGAACCACACACAUCUACUGCAGACAGAACGAAAAGAGCGCAUUCUUUUCCAGAAUCAGUUUGACGUUUGGGGCGAUCACUUGUGUUAG